CGAAAGGACCAACGCAACACAAAACGCCGGAAAUUCUCAACAGAAAAACGGAACCAACACCCACGUCAACCAUGCACUCCCAGCCAUCUCUCCGCCUCCUCCUCCCCGUCCUCCUCCUCACGCUCUUCCUCUCCCACCUACGACCGGUCCCGGCCGCCGGAUCCCCCGCCCCCGCCCCCGCCGACGGCUCCGAUUUCAUCCGCGCCAGCUGCAACGUCACCCUCUACCCGGACGUCUGCUACGCCACCCUCGCCCGCUACGCCGCCUCCGUCCACCGCGACCCGGCCCGCCUCGCCCGGGCAGCCAUCGCGGUGAGCCUGGCGAGGGCCCGGCGCGCGGCCGAGUACGUGUCCGGCAUCUCGCGGGAGGCCGACUACGGGGCGGACCGGCGGGCGGCGGCGGCGCUGCACGACUGCUUCGAGAACUUCGGGGACGCGGCAGACGAGAUGCGGGGCUCGCUGAAGCAGAUGCGGCAGCUCGGGGCGGCGGGGAGCGGGGAGGAGUCGUUCCGGUUCCAGAUGAGCAACGUGCAGACGUGGAUGAGCGCGGCGCUGACGGAUGAGGAGACGUGCACGGACGGCUUCGUGGACGUGGCGGACGGGCCGGUGAAGUCCGGGGUGUGCGGCCGGGCCGGGGCGGUGAAGAAGGUGACGAGCAACGCCUUGGCCCUGGUCAACAGCUACGUGAACAAGCAGGCUGGCCCUUGACUUGAUGAGCCAGACGAGGACAAGAGAGUGUGAAUUUGCCUUUCUUUUUU